AUGGCCAUUAGCAAAACACAGCGGAAGCAGCUCCAAGCUACAGCAGAUGCAUUCAAUACACACUUUUCCAAAGCUUACGGAGCUGAACGUUGGGAGCACCUACGUGCACGACUUGUUGAACCCACAGAACAUGCUGCUUUGAUUAAUGCCUAUGUGCCAUCAGCUGAGAUCGAUCGAGCUUUGCUUGCUGAUGCACCCGAGCCCAAUAUGUACGAACUGCUGCGGCUUCCACCCGUGCCCACCUCUGCGUCAUCAGCCAAGAACCAAGUACCCACGCGACUUUUGUGUUUGAAGCGACGCACAGACCACUCACAAGCAUACCACAGCGGACGUCCGUUCCCCCCACCACGUCCUGCGGCCGCGUCAGAUCCACAGCAACGCUUAUACACUCACUGGAACUUGGACGGUGCAUCCGUCCUAGCUGCGCAGUGCUUGGAUGUCCAACCAGGACAUGCGGUGCUAGACCUGUGCGCCGCACCGGGUGGAAAAAGCAUUACAUUAGCACAAAAGCUUUGGCCUGAGCUGUAUGCAGACCACCCGAGUCGCACAUCGACGACGCAUGCAUCAAUCUUACAUUCCAACGAAGUUGAUCCAGCGCGGUUGCGGCGACUUUAUGCGAACUUGAAAAGUUACUUGCCAAAUACACUAAUGGACCAAGGACUUGUUGAGAUCUCGCGCAUCGAUGCGACAUCGCCUCGGGCCGUGCAGUUAUUUCCUCUUGGUGAAGAGGGCUAUGACCGUAUCCUUCUUGAUGCGCCAUGCUCUUCAGAACGGCAUAUAUUGCAUGCCUACAUGCGGGCACAGCAAUCUGGGACUGCUGCACCUGAGAUGCUCGCAUGGAAACCGACCAUGUCGCGAAGCAUGUCGAAGACGCAACUUGCCCUACUGCGUACGGCAUGGGCCGCACUGCGCCCAGGCGGAAGACUCGUCUAUGCUACAUGCUCUCUGAGUGAGCAAGAAAAUGACCAUGUCGUUCGAGCAUUUCUGACAUCUACACCCGAAGCGCACGUCCUAAGAACAGACAGUUUAGUUCACUUUUGCCAGCAAACUGAGUAUGGGUAUUUUGCAUUGCCUGACUACGUGAUCCCAGGGACCGAGCAGAGAUCUCCUUGGGGUCCCUUGUACUUUUGCAUGCUCGAAAAGCCAUAA